UAGAACGCGUGACUCUGGCGUUCGGAACUCGUUCAUAUUGGAACCAUUUCGCCAAGUACUGUCUGACAAAAUACCUGGUUUGGUCUACCGCAUUGAGUAUACCCAUGCAGGAAACCUCGGAACCACCAAGGCAGCAAAGCCAAGUGACUCCGCAUCACGAUGACGUCGUAGGUACUGCUGAUCAGCACACGUGGGUAACACAGCCAGCAACAACCAACGCUCCCCCUAACAAGCCAGCAACCACGAGCGCUUUACCUCCACCAUUGGCCAUAUGGGGUCUCUUUCUGCCCAUUGCUGUGACUACUAUCAUCGUGCUGGCAAUCGCAAUCCACAUCUUCUUCAACCGUUCUUCCGACGUCGUCAUAGAAGGUUCCCAAUCUUGCGAAACGGAAGCCUGCCAGGUCUACGCGGCAAUACUCAAGAAAUCCAUCGAUUUUAAGCUAAGCCCUUGCGACGACUUUUACCGGUAUGUUUGCUACGGUUGGGAUAGCACCAAAGAGAUAUCUGUGUACUGGAGCCACAUUUUAGGCUACCUCGACCGCCUGACAUCCGCUCUCGAAGCACCGGUUCCUCGGCAAAAUCAGAACGCCGUGGAGAAAGCUGCUAGCUUUUUUCAGUCGUGCCUGAAUGCGGCGACAGCUCCUCACCCUGGCGAGAUUGAGGACCUGCGCAGAAUCUGGCACGACUGCGGGAUCCUGUGGCCGAGAGCUUCAAACGAGCCAGAUGUUCUUCGUUCCACGUACCUCAUGUUUAAGGCGUUUCAUGUCGAGAAUGUUCUCAACAUCGUUCGGAGCAGGAUCACGUUUAGACCUCACAUAUUUCCCGGACUUCACAUCUUGAUUAUGUAUCGCAAACUCUUGAACAUCAAACUAGCGGGAACUUACCGGAAGUACUACGAGACCUUCGUGAAUUUGUUCAGAACCGAAAACACGACGGAUGACGAGGUGCUAUCAUUUGACAUUUCCUCGGACUACGAUAACAUCGUCUACAACAAUCUGGCUAACGGUACGUUGUUCGUUACGAGGGCGGUUGAGAUGCCCAUCCUCGAAGUCUCCCGGCUGGUGCCCGCAAUUCCAGUCGGACGCUGGCGCCAUUUCUUCAGCGACGUCAUGCGCGUUUCAAGCGAUACGCCAAUAGAAGUUGCGAGCACCGACUAUUUAAUCGUAUUCAACGAAGUCCUGGCGAAACUCGGCGAGAGGGAACUGCACCGGUACUUAGGCUGGUUCGCCAUCCAGGUGAUGGCUCCUUACCUUGGCUACGACUUCAUUCUCAACUAUGCGGGAAGCAAAGACUACGUUAACAUUACGGCUACGUACCAAUGUCUCGCUCGGUCGGAGUUUUACUUUGGCUGGGCAGUGUUCGAGGAAUACGCUGCGCAUGAAAUGAACGUUACAGCAAGGAAAGACAUCCACAGUAUCGUCAGGUCCAUCAGUACCGCGAUCACGAGGAAAAUAGUGGACCAGGAGCCGAUAUUUGAACGAAAUCCGGAAGCGGCAUCGGACAUAAUCAAUGCGCUUCACUUUACGAUGAAGUUCUACGACUGGACGUCCGCACCUGGCGACAUGGAGGCCGUCUUCCAAAGAUGGCCUGACAUGAACGAAGGAUUUCUGCGGAACUGGUUCAAAGCGGCGCAAGCUCUAGCGGGAACCUCCUGGAGUGCCCACACUCCGGUCUGGACGUCUUUUACUCGCCAAGCUGCGGAUACUAGCUUCUACGUGUUCUUGAACGGGCUCACCGACCAGUACUUAAUACCACCGUAUGUCACGAUGCUGCCGCUGUAUGACUUAGGCCUAAUGAGUGCCGCGAAGUAUGGCGGGCUCGGUGGCCUGGUGGCCACGGCUGCGGUGCAGUACAUGCGUGGACGGUACGCGACCUUUCGAGAAAGGAGAUGGGCGUGUGUUGUCGCUGCCAGUGAUAAGGCGUACCUGGAGAUUGUGGACGCCUUCGCGUCAAUGAUGAUAGCGUGGGAGGCGUUUACCGACGCGUUCAGCGUAGACGACGGCGCGACUUCUCCGAUGCUACUGGCACUCCCGCAGCAGCAGGUCUUCUUCAUCUCGAUGUGUUACUUGAUGUGUGGGCAGCAACGCAAAGAACUGUACGCGAAGAAGUGCAACGAGCCCCUCAAGCACAGCGUUGCGUUUUCUAAAGCGUUUUCGUGUUCCAACGACAGCGCUAUGAAUCCUGAAAGAAAGUGUUCCCUAUUCUAGGCGGCUGCUGACGCAAAAGGUAUUCUCUGGCACCGAGCCUUUACAGAUUGUAAAUGCCAGAGCUGCGCUUUAGAAAUAAGUUGGCUUUAAAUGCACGCACUGUUAUGAUAUACGAGACUUUCAAGAAUACAUACUGUUCAAUUGAAAUUGUCUU